AUGGAGAAGAUCUGGGGGGCAAAGCGCCCCUGCCGCCUCCUGGCGUUGGCCGCAGUCUUUGCGUUGCUGACAGUCGCCGCAUCUGCGGCCGACAACGCGGAGCCGCAGUUCCACCCGUCCGGGUUCCGGUACAUGGACUCGGAAUGGGGCAACGAGGACCCCCUGUUCAUGGAGGAAAACUUCGUGCAGCACAUGCGCGCGCUCACUUCCAUCGACGACAACACGGACGACUGCAACUUCUACGGCAGCAACUUCUACGGGCACUGCCCCUCUCCCUCCCCGUCGCCUUCAGCUACGCCCGCCCCUUCCUCUUCGCCCCAACCUUCUGGAACGCCGGAACCAUCUGCGUCGCCGGAACCUGGGUCGCCGGAAGCUUCUGCGUCGCCCCAACCUUCUGAAUCGCCUGCGCCUCUCCCGAGCCCUUCUCCGUCGGACAGCGCUGCUCCGACUGGGAACCCCACCCCCACCCCGACCUCGACCGUCCCCACGACUCCCACCAAAACCCCCAGCCCCGCAAUCGAUUUCGUAGCAAAGGCGAUGGACGGAUAUAUGCAGAACUGCACGGUGUUCCUGGACGUCAACGAUGACGGCAUCCACAACGCGGGCGAACCGAUCGGUGUCACCGACCAGUACGGGGUCUUUAAGGCGCCUAACGUGGCGGCCCCAGCGUGGCUCAUCUUCGUUGGCGCUGGCGAACCCGGCUGCAUCGACUCCUUCACGGGCCUCCCUGCCGUCUCCCGCAUGGAAGCCGCGCCCGGUUCGACCGUGGUUAACCCCUUAACCACGGUGGUCGCCGUUCUGAUGGCGGCCGGGGCGUCCCAGUCGCUCGCGGAGGCACGGCUCGCGCAGUCUUUGGGCCUCCCCCCGGGGAUCCCCCUGGGCACUUUUGACCCGAUCUCUGCGACCGCGCUCGGGACCACGGGCGGCAGCCAGUUCAUGUCCGCCCUAACCCAGCUCCAGACCGUCAUCGCCGGCGGCAUCCAGCUCCUGUCCGGCGCGUCGGGCGCGUCGCAGCAGGACUGCGCGCUCGCGAUGUACGCCGCGAUCGUGGGCAUGGUUAACAACAGCACCGGGCAAGCCGGAACUACCCUCGACCUAACCAACCCCGCCCAGCUCCAAGCCGUGCUUGCCACGUCAGCAGUCGCGCUGAACAACGUCACCGGCGGGACAGUGACGUUAUCCACCGCGGUCCUGUCGGCUGCGGCCAGCGGCAUGUCCAGUGUGAAUACGCUCAUCAGCAGCGCGGCCGCGUCGGGCGCCAACAGCACGGACAUCCUGGUCCAGCUCGCGCGCCUUGGGCUGGUGUCCCAGGGCGCCAUGGCCUCCUCCCUGAACGACCUGGCCACCGGUCGCGUCACGCCCGCGCAAUUCGAGGCGACCAACACGGGCUCCGCGCUCACCGACGCGGUCGCGGCCGCGCGCGCGCCGGGCGAAACCCUGAUCAGCGACUUCGUCCAGAAGGAGAUCACCGGGAAUGCGCCCGCGCCCGCGCCCGCGACGCCGACGCCGACGACCGCGCCCGCGCCGCGGUCGGAGAGCGCGGGGGUCGGGAGCGCGGCGAUCAUUAUAAUCGUCGUUGUGUGCUCAAUCGUGUUCGUAUCCCUUCUCGGCGGAGGAUUCUGGUACAUGCGCAUGCGCAGCGGAGCCGCGAUCCAGCCCGAUGGCGCGCCCCUGGCAGGAGGCCCCUACAACGCCAUGUCGACCCCGGUAGAACCGAUCCGGGGGGGUCAGGCCGGCGCGAGUGCGUGGGACCCAGCGACCGGGGGACAGCUGCGGCAACGACCGGGGCUCCAGUAA